AUGGUACAGCCAAAGACAGAAGACAAUGAUUUGAAAGCAAUGAUGGCAGCAUUAACAUCAACUGUCCAGUCACUGAAGCAAGAAGUUUCAGAAUUGAAGCAAGAUAGAAAAGAACAUCGUUUUACACCACCUGGAGACAACUUGUCAUCAGAAGGAACAUUUACAUGUUACCGUUGUGGUCAAGAGGGACACAUUGCACGUGGUUGUCGAAUGCCAUUAGAUGAGAAAAGAAAACCUUAUGGUAAACCAGCGUUAAAAAAGAAACCCAGAGGAAAAUCAACUUCAGAUUGUCCAAAGGAGUCGGAGUCAACUGAUCUGAGUGAAGAGGUGUCAGAACCAGAGUAUAUAGUGGAGGAUACUAGUUGUAGGUAUUCAGUCGACACCACUAGAGCUACAUCUGGAAGAGAAGAUGAUAGAGACAGGGUUGAAAGUACCAAAGUUGUUCAACAAGGUGAAGAAACUAGGCCAGAGUCACGUGUACCAGAACCAUUAUCUUCAAGUAAGACACCAGAGGAUACUCAGCGACCAGUUCAACAACGUAAAGAACCAGCAUGGAUGACAGAUGGUAGGAAUACGUUGUGUGGUAGUAAUAAGGUGUUAUAG